AGGGCGUCCGUCCCCUUCCACAUCCACGCCGCGGCCGGCAGCUGCGCUGGCAUCGUGGAGCACGUGGCCAUGUUCCCGCUGGACACUGCCAAGACUCACAUGCAGGUCUCGCGCUCCCAGCUCGGGCUUGGCGCGGCGUUCCGGGCGGUGCUGUGCGAGCGAGGCACUCUCGGGCUGAUGCGCGGCUCCGCCGUCAUCGGGGCCGGGUGUGUGCCCGCGCACGUGGGCCUGUUCGGGACCUACGAGCUGAGCAUGGCCUCCGUGGCGCACGACGUGGUGCUGACGCCCCACGACGUGGUGAAGCAGCAGCUGCAGCUCGGCAGGUAUGCUGGCACCGCCGACUGCAUAGCCUCCCUGAUGCAGAAAGAUGGGCUCGCCGCCUUCUACCGCAGCUUGCCGACUACCAUGGCGAUGAACGUGCCCUUCAUGGGUCUGUUGGUGGCCGCGAACGAGUCGCUCAAGCUGCUGCUGCGACUGCGCCAGGGGAGAGCGGACGCCACGCUGAGCGGCGCCUCGGGCUAUUUCGCCUGCGCGGGUGCGAGCGGCGGCUUCGCCUCCGCGCUCACGUCGCCGCUGGACGUGGUGAAGACGCGGCUGCAGACGUCGGACAUGCCGGCGAUCCUGGCAGAGGAGCCCCCCGACGCCGCAGGGGUGGCCCGCGGCUCGGUCGGCUAG